AUGUCUUCAUCUUGUCAUGAUACAAAACACGCAAUGUCUACUUCAUCUAAUACCACUCUAAUUAUGCUCUAUCUUAUACCACUUAUAAUCUUGAGUUGUAUCAAACUUGUCUUAUCCACCAACUUCUAUCGAGAUUUCCACGUUCUUUGGGGCAAUGAUCGAGGAACCGUUCUUAACAACGGUAGGGUUUUGAUGUUGUCUCUUGAUGAACAUUCUGGUUCCGGGUUCCAAUCGCAUCGGGCGUAUAUCUUCUCCAGAAUCGAUAUGCAAAUCAAGCUGAUUUCUGGAAACUCUGCCGGAACCGUUACGGCCUUCUAUUUAGGAUCAGAAGGUGAUAAACGUGACGAGAUAGACAUCGAGUUCUUGGGAAAUCUAACAGGUGAUCCGUACACUCUUCACACCAACGUGUAUACGAGAGGAAAAGGUUCUAGAGAGCAACAGUUUCAUCUUUGGUUUGAUCCCACCUCCAGUUUCCACACGUACACGAUUAUUUGGAACCCUUUUAUGAUCGUGAUUUACGUCGAUGGAACACCCAUUAGAGUAUUCAGAAACUUGGAAUCAGUUGGGGUUCCAUACACGAAGGACGUGCCGAUGAAGGCAUACGUGACCCUCUGGGAUGGCGACGAAUGGGCGACGAGAGGCGGAACGAUCAAAACGAGUAAUUACAUGGUUUACAAUUACUGCAAUGACAACAAUCGCUUCCCCCAAGGCCUUCCUCCAGAAUGUUUCCAUUAA